ACAAAAUGCCGUCCCUCCCCGAAGAGCCUCUCCUCGCUCCCAACCCCGACCGCUUCUGCAUGUUCCCGAUCCACUACCCUCAGGUCUGGGAGAUGUACAAGAAGGCGGAGGCCUCCUUCUGGACCGCCGAGGAGGUCGAUCUCUCGCAGGACCAGCGCCACUGGGAAUCCCUCACCGCCGACGAGAAGCACUUCAUCAAGCACGUCCUCGCCUUCUUCGCCGCCUCCGACGGCAUCGUUUUGGAGAAUCUCGCCGGCCGCUUCAUGAAGGACGUCCAGAUCUCCGAGGCGCGCGCCUUCUACGGCUUCCAGAUCGCAAUCGAGAACAUCCACUCCGAGAUGUACAGUCUCCUCCUCGAGACCUACAUCAAGGACUCCGAGGAGAAGAGCCGUCUGUUCCGCGCAAUCGAGACCGUCCCCUGCGUCGAGCGCAAGGCUAGCUGGGCGCUCAGCUGGAUCGACGGAUCCGAGACGUUUGCGGAGAGACUGGUCGCGUUCGCUUGCGUCGAGGGGAUUUUCUUCUCCGGCAGCUUCUGCGCUAUUUUCUGGCUGAAAAAGCGCGGGCUCAUGCCUGGAUUGACCUUCUCGAAUGAGCUAAUCUCCAGAGACGAAGGUCUGCACUGCGAUUUUGCUUGUUUGCUGUAUAGUCUGUUGAAGAUGAAGCUGAGCGAGGAGAAAGUGAAGGGGAUUGUGGCGGAUGCUGUCGAGAUUGAGAGGGAAUUCGUGUGUGAUGCUCUGCCCUGUGCGUUGGUGGGGAUGAAUGGGGAUUUGAUGAGUCAGUACAUUCAAUUUGUGGCGGAUAGGUUGCUGGAUGCUUUGGGGUAUGGGAAGAUGUAUAAUGUGCAGAAUCCUUUUGAUUGGAUGGAGCUGAUCAGUUUGCAGGGGAAGACAAACUUCUUUGAGAAGAGGGUUGGGGAGUAUCAGAAGGCUUCAGUGAUGUCGAGCCUGAACGGCAAUGGCGGUGACUCUCAUGUGUUCAAGCUGGAUGAGGAUUUCUGA